AUGACAACGAUUAAUGUAGGCGGUUUGCGAGAGACUUUGCCUGCAAAAUUUGAAAGAUAUUCAGAGGCAUUUAAAAAAGCAGAAAAUGCAAUGAAAUUGUUGCUAGAUGUAUGCACAAGUCCUGACUUUGAGGCUAAAGAGGGAUGGAGUAAAUCGUAUGAGAAACAUGGUGAACAAGUUUAUUACAAGCAGUUCAAUGUAGGAAAAAUAUUCUCCUUGAUGGUAAUCUUUAAUGAAACGAUUCAGAGCUUAUUUAGUGAUCACUGGGACCGUGUCUCUACAACAAUUAAAUGGAACCCUAAUAUUGCUUACAUGCAUAAAAUUAUGAAGCUAACUUCACAUUGUGAUAUUCUUAGAUGUGCAACAACAAAUAUUAUGUUUGUCAAAGGUCGUGAAUUUUUGACGUGUCGACUCUAUCGUAAAAUUGGAACCGUAAUUUAUGUUGCUGCAAGAAGCUUUGAAAUCGAUGAAAUGCCGGAAACAGAAGACAAAGUGAGAGCUGAUUUGAUACUCGGAGGAGGACGAUUUUCUCCGCUUCCACAAGACCCACAAAAGACGCGUGUUGACUACACAAUUUGCGUGAAUCCAAAGAUUAGAUUACCUCAACGAAUUAUUGAUACUUGCAUCGCCUAUUCCAUACACCGUGAUUCCGUUUUUGCUCGCAAAAGAAUGCAUGAAGUAGCAGAAAGUCAAUAUCAAGAAGAUACUCAGGCUUCUGAAAAAUUAGAUGACCUAAAAUUAUAG